AUGGAAUUGGAUAUCUAAAUAUUUGGAAAAAGAUAAAGGAUUUAAAUAAGUCAAAAUUCCUUAGUCAAGGAUGUUAUUAAUAAGAUUAUAAGAGAGCAAAAAUUAAUGGAAUAGAAUUAAUAAUUAGCUUUAUUUCUGAAUGGGAAGGAACUUUAAAAAGAAUUAAAGAUAUUAUAAUAAGGAAAUGUCUCAGGAGGAAAGUUGGAACUUAAAUAAAUUUAACAACCAUAAUAACAAUUAUUAGGAAUAAAGUUGGUAUAUAAUAAUGAAAUAAAAAUUGUUUAUGUUUAAAAUGAUUACCUUGUUUAAGUUUUAUAUGUGGAAGCUGAGUCUUAAUUUUACUUACAAAAAGAUUAAUUUAGACUCAUGUUAAAUGAACAAGAUCUGAAUGAAUAAAUUCUUAUUAAAAACUAUUCUAUAGAUGCAAGUUCUUAAGUUUUAGUAAAGAAAUUAAACUAAUUAAAUAAGCCAGAAUUAAUGAUUGAAUUGAGAAUAAGUUAUUAAAAAGAAACAAAAAUUAUUUCUAUUAAUAUUUAUUGUUAAGUAUUUGAAUUAGAACAAUAAAUUAAGAAAAGUUUUAAUAUUACUUAAGACAUAUGUAUAUUUAGUGAUAAAAUAGUUCUGCAACAAGAUUAAAAAUUGAUUGAUAUUACUUUUAAUAACAAUAAAUCUCUUUUAGUUCUUUAAAAAGAGGUGUAUUAAGGAUCAUUGAAGUAUGUUGAGAUUUUCUUAGAAUAUAAGGGAGUAAAAUAUCCUUUUGAAGUAUCUGAUGAUACAUUAAUACAAGAGAUUAUUAUUCUCUUUGAAAAUUAGUAGAAAGAAACGGGUAUUGGGUUAAAGUUUAAUUCGAAUAUACUGCCUCUUAAUCAAUCGAUAAGCACAUUGAAUAUUUAACAAAAUAGUACCUUGAUUGUUUUUAAAAAUUAAAUUGAAAGACAGAAAAAUAAUGUAUUAAAAAUAAAUCUUAGGAUUGCUGAAGAUAUUUAAAAAAUUGAGGUUGAUCCUGAUACAUUAAUAGAGGAACUUAUUUGUUAAAUUGAGAACAAUAACUAAAUUCAAAAAAUUGAAUUAGUUUUGGAAAAUGGAACAAUAUUACAUAGAGAUUAAACUUUUAAAUAUUAUAACCUUCAAAAUGAAGUAUAAAUCUAAGUUAGGAUUUAUUAGCAUUAAUAAUAUUAAGUGAAUAAUUAAUAAAUUUAAUUCGAUAUUGAAUUUUAAGGUAAAAGGAGUUAAUAUAAAAUUCCAAUCUAAACAUAGAUCUAUCAUCUAGAGAAUUGUUUUAAAAAUUAAUUAAAAAUUUAAAAUUAAAUAUAUUUUAUUUUUUAGGGUAAAAAACUUAAUUCAAAUAGAACUUUACAUGAGGAAGGUAUUAAAGAUGGAAGUCAAUUGAUAUGCGAAAUUUUAUACGAUAAAAAAAUCAUCCCUACCCAACCUUAGGAAAAUCCGGGUUAAAGAAAUGCAACCAUUAAAGUUUUGGAUAAUUAAGUAAAAAAUUAAAAUAACAAAAAAUUUUUUGUUUAAUACAAAGAUCAAGUUUAUGAAUUUUUUGGAGUUGAGAAUAUCUUAGUAAGCUAAUUUAUUUAAUCGAUUAAAAAUUAAUUUAAGAUAAGUCAUGAUAUAAAUCUUUUUACUAAAUAGGGGAUUUAAUUGUAAUCUUAAAAUUAUUUAUAUUAAUACAAUCUUUAAGAUAAAGAAAUACUUUUUAUAUAAAGUACAUGUACAUAUCCUUUGAAAUUGACAAUUAAGUACUAAGAUCGAUCGAAAAUAAUUGAUGUGAAUGAUGAUACCUUAGGAAGAGAUUUAAAUAUGAAUAUAAAAUAAUUAUUUUAGAUAAAACACGACAUUGAUUUAAUUGUAAAUAGAGACAAACUUAACCCUCAUUUUUCUUUGAAAUAGCAAAACUUGAAGAAUAAUAUGUGUUUGGAAGUUUAAGAGAAAAAAAUACAGAUUAAGGAUAUUAGUUAAUAAUAAAGUUAUCCUUAGAAAGAAGCAUAAUAAUAAUAUAUAUAAUAAUAAAAUCAUUAGAUGUAAUAAUAACCUUAGGUGUAAUAAUAAUUUUAACAUAAAUUAAUUAAAAUUUGCGAAGUUUAAAAUAACUAACCGAAUUAAAUAAAUAAAAAGGAGCACUAUAUUAUCAUUUUAUAAUAUAAAUAAAAUUAGCAAUAAAUUGAAUUAGAUAAAGAUGUAAAAAUUAAUGAAAUAGCUGACUAUAUCAAAAAUGUAUUUGAAAUUAAUCAUAAAAUUAAACUCACUUGUUAAGGAAAAAUAUUACAAGAUCAUUAAACUUUAGAAGAAAUUGGAAUAGAUGAUAACAAUGUUAUAAUUGUAGAAUGA